UCAUUUACCUUUUCCUUUCUUCUGAAUUAAAUAUUAAAAAACAAGUAAUUCUUGGAAAUUCAAGUCAAUAAUGAAUUUGAAGUGAAAUAUUUUGUCUCAUCGAGGUUGAAAUUCAAAUUAAAAUAACUUAAUAAGUCAAGCUCACAAAUUGUGGGAAAAAAUACUGAUUAACAACCCACAAGAGCCACAAAUUUCCAAAUUCGUGAUAGUUCACACCUGCAAAGUGUUAUCUUUCAAUUCAGUUCAUCAAGUUAAAAAUCUUUAAAUUGUUACCGAUUAAAUCGUAUUAUUGUCUCGAUAAAAAUCAGUGUUUUUUGCGCCAUCAAGUAUUUUUUCAUUAUCUGUUGUUGAGUGAUAACAGUGAGAUAGGAGUGGACUGCUUAGCAUUUCAUUGUUAUGUAACAAUUUUUAGCGUCAAUUUUUAACUUCUUCCACAAUUCAGAGUAGAGUAGUCUUGGAACUUUGCGAUUUUACAAGGAAAUAUCGACGAAAUUCCUAAAAUAAUAUAAUUCAACUCAUUCAAACCAAAACUACUGAAGAGAAUACACAUAAAUCGGCGAUGGAUACUGUGAAAGGAUUUGUAAACGACACAUUCAAAGACCAGGAGCCCUGGAAAAUUGUCACAAUAACGACAGGGUCAGUCUUGAGUGCAGUCUGGCUGUGGAACUUUUUGCACCAGGACGAGAGUCUCGUCGAGCGAGGAAAAAAAAAGAUAUUCAGAUUAGUCAGAUGCCUUCCGUCAGUUCGCGAGAAAAUACAGAAUGAAUUGGAUACGUUGAAUUGCACAUUUGAGAGGGAGUCCUUGGAGAGAGUGAAGGACGUUGACUUUGUCACCAAACUGCCGCUCAAUGGUUUGGCUCACGAGCAGGUCCUUGGAGAAGUUAGGAAGUACAUUGAAUUGGGUGAAUUUGACUGGCAGAAUGGCAAAGUGUCAGGCGCUGUUUACAGAUACGACGAGAAGCUCAUUAAAUUGCUGUCCGAGGUUUAUGGAAUUGCCUCGUAUACGAAUCCACUGCAUCCAGAUAUAUUUCCUGGUGUCUGCAAAAUGGAGGCUGAGGUUGUGAGGAUCUCAUGCAAAUUGUUUCAUGGAGAUGAGGCGUCUUGUGGAACUAUGACAACUGGAGGGACGGAAUCUAUUUUAUUAGCCUGUAAGGCUUACAGAGAUUACGCAAAAGAUGUUAAGGGAAUUAAAAAUCCUGAAAUGGUGGUCCCAUCGACUGUUCACUCUGCUUUCGACAAAGCUGCUCAAUACUUGAAUAUCAGGGUUCGGACAGUGCCGAUGAAUCCAAACAGUUGUACUGUCAAGAUCAAUGAUAUGGAGAGGGCUAUAAAUAAGAACACAAUUAUGCUCGUUGGCUCAACUCCAAAUUUUCCUUAUGGCACUUUUGACAAUAUUGAGGCGAUCUCAGAGCUGGGAGUCAAGUAUAAUGUCCCAGUGCAUGUUGAUGCAUGCCUGGGUGGAUUUUUACUCUGUUUUAUGCCUGAUGCUGGCUUCAGUGUGCCAAUGUUUGACUUCAAGUUGCCGGGAGUGACUAGCAUCUCAGCAGACACGCAUAAGUAUGGAUAUGCACCAAAAGGUUCAUCGGUAAUCCUCUACAGAGAUAAAAAAUACCGGCACUAUCAGUUCACUAUCACAACAGACUGGCCAGGCGGUAUUUACGGUUCACCAACUGUCAAUGGCUCACGAACUGGUGGAAUAAUCGCUGCCUGUUGGGCUUCACUCAUGCACUUUGGGUACAGUGGCUACUUGGAGUCGACGAAAAAAAUAAUUGAAACCACGAGAUAUAUAGAAACCGAACUGAGAAAAAUGGAUGGGAUAUUCAUCUUUGGUACUCCAGCUACCUCUGUUAUCGCCCUUGGCUCUCAUCAAUUCCACAUUUAUCGACUCUCUGAGGGUCUCAACACCAGGGGAUGGAACCUCAAUGUCCUCCAGUUUCCCAGUGCUAUUCACAUUUGUGUUACUCAUGUUCAUACUCAGGCCGGCAUUGCUGAUGAAUUUUUACAUGACGUGAGAAAUAUUCUCGUGGAGAUUAAGAAGCAUCCUGAGGAGCCCGUUGAAGGAAUGUUCGCGAUGUAUGGAAUGAGUCAGACCAUCGCCGACCGGACUGUGGUGGAGGAUUUAACGAGGUCCUUCAUCGACUCCAUGUACUUCACUCCCUCGGAAGAAAUCGAGGAGGAAAUGAAUUAAAUCCGUUUCAUUUUUAAUUGUAAAUUUAUUUGAUCAUUGCGAAUGCUGUAUUUUUUUUAUAUUAAUAAAAAUGUUCUCCAUUUUCUUAA